UUCAAGUGUGGACGAUAUUGGCUCGUAUAUAAGGGACGGUUCAGUGACGGACCAGGGUACUCAGAGGAACAUCACGGUCGCGUAAUUUUCCAAAUAUCGAAGAUGCGUUUGUUUGUGUCAGUGUUAGCCGUCAUGCUGGUGGUCUCUUGUCAGGCAUCCGCGCCUGACUCGGACAAGGCUGCUUUGAGCGACGCAGCUACGCUCCAAGGCGGACAACUUGUUGGAAUGCUAGAGGACCCCUUCCAGCGGACACAUAUGGACGUAAAUUUGAGCGCAAAGGGACUGUUCUCCGUUAAUGGAACAUUAGACAAUGUACGUGCAAAUGGUUUGUCCAACUAUAAAGUAAACAAGGGCGAUUUCGCGAUAGUUGGACUUAAAGCGAACGUGAGUCUGACUUGGGAUGAUAUUAGCAUUAUGACCAAGUACAACGUGAAAGGAACUCUCAUCGAUAGCAUACCCUUCUUUGGAAAUGGAAAUCUAUCCGUGGUCAUCAAAGGACUGACGGUAACGGUGGACCUGAAGUUGGGCGUGAAAGACAAGAAAGUGUACGUUACAGACCUAGUAUUGCACGCCCACAUCAAACAAUUUCCCUGCAAGAUCACUGGACUGUUCGAUGACGAAGGCAUAUCUAACACCAUGAGCCAAGUGAUCACCGAAGUGACACCUGGACUGCUCGACGAUUAUCAAAAUAAAAUAUCCGCAUACGCCAGUCCGAAAGUUGCCGACUUAUUGAACAAACUUUUAAAGAAUUACACGCUGAAGGACUUGAUGGAGAUUAUUAGCGGAAAACAAUAAUGCUUACACUAAUAGUUAGAUGUUAACGCGGCUGUUAAAAAAUACAUUCAA